UUUACCAGCAUAACCACCAUGGAUUCGCUUAUUAUGUUUAAUUAUUUCGUUGAUUAGUACUAUUGUUUUAUUGAUACUUUUGAAAUUCUCAGAAAACCCGAUUUCAAGGACUGAAUGGAACAACGAAUACCAUUUUCAAAGCUUAUAACGGACAAUAUUUCUGUCAUUUACCCUAGUUAUGCAUAUUUGAAUAAUUAGUUUGAUUAACGGAACGAGAAACAAUUUUCCAUUGGCGAUGUUGUAUAUUUUUUUUAUACUGAUGUUAGUUGAAGCAAAGGGCAAAGCCGGAACCUUGAAAUGGAUCUAAUCGUUCGUAUACUGCGCUUGUUCAUCAUAAGUAUUAUCUGCUUUGAUACUCAACGGGUUGUCUGUUUUUUGAAUACUAUUAACCCCCGUGGAAAUGGCCUACCAGCCAUUGGAAUAAAGGACGGCGAAUAUGCCGACACCGUUGGGAAGGUUUUAUCCAAUAACCCGAACCUGUCGCUGUCCUCAUGGCUUGCUGAACUAUUUCACAUCAAAAACUUCACCUUGAAAAUGCUAGCCAACGAACCCUAUACAUCCGCGUUGCCUGCAUUUCACGUCGAUUCAAUUAAAGAGAAGAAUCUCAACGAGUUUUCCACUAUUUCGAGUGAUAAACCUACCAAGAGCACGCGUAACUUUCUAUCUGAGAUCGAAAAAUUUCGAAAACCAUUGAAGUUGAAUCCGGCCAGUUCAUUGGACCCCAUUUACUAUGGAGUAAAAAACAAACUGAGGCAUAGUUCACAGCGAGCGCUGAUCGCCGACCCUCAUCAGAAUGACGUAGUGCACUCCAACGAACUUCACGACGAUGUAGUGACACCUCAACAAAGCACGUCUCUCAAUCAUGCAGUGCUACCAAUAAAGGCGACGAAACUAUCCAGUAAAGUGACCAAGAGUCAUGAAAUUGAUGAUGCUGAUUAUAAAUCAAAUGCUGACGGUAGUAAAAGUGAUUCAACUUCGUAUUCCGAAUCGUUCGUUAACGGAAAAGACGAAGAAGAUAAUGAAGUUUUCACAGAACAUGGAGAUUAUUCGGCUACGUUGCUGCCGCCUGGAAGCGUGGUGACUGCAUCUAGCGACGCGACGAGCACUGGAGAAGAAACUGAAUAUUAUCGGUGUAGCCGCUACGAUACCGACAGAGCUGGUUGCGCUCCACAAAUCGUCCUGAAGUCAGCUGAUGCUCCAGUUUCUGACGAACCAAUUCGGUCAACUCCGCGACACUUUCGUGAACUUAUCCGGAAAACUUCUUUCUCUCGUCGAGGAAAGUCUGACUUUCGCCAUUCGUCCGUUUUCGAAAUUCCUAGACAAAUACGCCAUAAGCGAUCACUUAUACAAAUUAAGACCUCGUCGAUACCUCAUCCUUCCAUUAAAACCCUAACUGAAGGCGAAUCUUCGUCUUCAGUCGACAGAGCUGGACACGGCGAAGGUUCCGUAUUGUUGCCUUCAUUCGACAGAGCUGGACACGACGAAGGUUCCGUAUUGUUGCCUUCAUUCGACAGAGCUGGACACGACGAAGGUUCCGUGUUGUUGCCCUCAGUCGACGGAGCUAUACACAGUGCAGGUCCUUUCCACCGGGAGGUUAAGCAACAACCAACGUCUGCGGACCUCUGCCGAUCUUUACCAGUCGACUCCCUCAAAGCUGGUGUCAUGUCUAAGCUUCGAAGUCAGUUUCAAAGUAGGGUUUCGAAAGAGAACUGUACACUCUGGAAUCACGGCUCAGUUAUGAACAACUUCAUGGUGCUUCAUGAGAAUAACACGGCCCUGAGUGAGUCUGUGAUGCUGACGGUGCAGCAGCCCGGAGUGUACCUCCUCUUCUGCAGCGACAUCGCCUCUAACGUCAACUGCACGCGCAGACUUCAAGUUGGAUAUUCGCCGCAAGACGUUGAAAACUUUGACUGCAUAAGCCACAACUACGAUGACCUGGAGUGCUGGUUUGAUGUGAUGCCCAACCCUGUACCGGUGCUGAACAUCUCCAUCUGCAUCGUGGAUGAUGGAGAAUGCGACAUUUUAUCCCCGAGCCGAAUAAAAAACGGACGGCGCCAAGUUUGGCAAUUCGAUACAUUCCACAACUUCAGUCGCAACCUGACUUUCAACAUCAGCCUCGGGAAUGAUCUGGGUAACGCCACCUUCCAGCACACCAUCAACUAUUUUACCAAAGUUCGUUUGGAAGCAGCCCGUUCCAUCAAGUACCGUCAGCUGGAGUCGCCUUUAGAAUUCGCCCUGGAGUGGCUGUCGCCCAGCAACUACCACACCCUGCCAUCUGUGCGCGCCCGAGUCAACGUGUCCUCAGUAUUCUAUAACCAUACGAUUAUGGCGUACGACUCCCAUCUGAAACUACAUCUUCCCUACCACAACCUGGACUACACGGUCACCAUCGAGCUGCAGCCUGACGAGGCCGAGGCGAAGUAUUGGUCAAACCCUGCAAGCACCAGCAUGACAACCCCUACUGCCUCACCGUCAGCGCCUCCUGCAGCAGCCCCCGGCAUGUUUCAGACGUGGUCGACGUCGAAGACUUCUUCGUCAGUGAACGUGAGUUGGGUGUCUGUGGCACCAGCGCUGCACGCGGGCCCCGGCUUCGGCUACAUCGUUGAGGUCUACGGAUGCUCGACUGCCUUCAGUGAAUGCACGGAGUGCGUGAGCUCUUCCUUCACUGAUGACAGCUUCGACGUCAUCACGAACCUGCGCAGCGACAGACCCCACAGGAUUGACGUGUACAGCGCAAACCUCUGCCAGAACCUGACGCGGCCGCGCACGCAAUGCGGGUUGUCCACUCACUGCCGCAGCGCAGCGCCAGCGCAGUACCACAUCCCCGUCGCCGGCGCUGCGGCGGCACUGGCACCCGCCUUCCCGACGUCGCUGUUCCUUCACAGCCCCGCUGCUGCUUCACUGCAAUGGUUCACACGCGACGGUCGCGCCUCCAACUUCACCCUCUACUACUGCCGGGACGCCGAGCCGCAGUGCAAGAGUGGCCUGGGGUUCCUGUGGGUUGGCGAGAUCUCUGCAGUGGACAUCAGCCUGCACCCCGCACCGUCCAGUCCCGGGGCUCUCAGCCUGCGCAACUUCACAGGAUAUCGUACCGCGGACGAGAGCAGCACCGGACUGCGCUUCGCAGUGUCCGCGGAGAGAACUACUGACGGUGUUGUGGAGAGCAGCGGCAUGGUGUGGUCGGAGUGUCGUGCUGAAUACGACGACGAGCCUCUGGCGCCUCCACAGCUGCUGCUCAACAACAAGACGUGGCACUCCGCCCUGGUGCUGCGUCGUCCUGAGUGCCUCCCUCGUCUGGUCGCCGCCACGAAGUUCGUCCUGUGUCGCCCCGACAUGUGUAAUGAAUCUGUAGUCGCGGUGUGGCAGAAGGAAAUUUUUUUGGAUAACUUGCAGAGCGACACGCGCUACAACGCCACUCUGAGAGUCUUGUACACGGACGGCAACGUGACUGUGACCGACGAGCCUCUUGUCUUCCGCACGCGACCCAAAGACUUGCUGUGGUGGCAUGUGGUGCUGCUGGCCAGUGGGGCGCUACUGUUCACGACGCUGUUGGUGUCCGUCUUCCUCUACAGUAAAAGGUGUGUGCACAAGUCCAUCAAAGACGCCACAGAUCCUCUCAGCGUGCCUGACUUCUCUGGCCCUUCGCUUUUUUCGCAGACGAUCGUCAGAGGACGGAAAUCUGUCCCUCCCAAUAUUUCGAUCUCCCACCAACGACUGGAGACUGCGCCAGUUACUGCAGCUGCCAAGGAACCUCCAUCUGAAACUAGGAAGAUUAUUUCCCUAUUAUUCUCGCCACCCGAGGACAGUGUCCUAGUAGGCGGACGUACAGUUUGUGCCUCUGGUACCAAUGAGCAAACUCAUGACGUCGGGCAAAAUCCAAGUGAGGUAAAUUCAGACGAGACUUCUGUGCUCAUGUUUCCCUCGACGUCCAAUGAGGUGAGGAAUUCAUCUUAUUCUCAAAUAGAAUUUGAUGAAAGUGAAGACGAGGAAGAGUUUAAUCCAGCUCAGAACCCAACAACAGCGUCCGGGUACCCCGGGUACGUGAUGCUCCGAACCUCCGAGCCUCUUCCUACGGACCAAAAUGUCUCUGAAAUUACUUUUAACGAAGCCCAUCCUUACGUCGCACUGGGAACUUUGAGUACCGAAACCACGAGAAACGAACCAAUGCGUGACGAAACCAUGGACCACAACACGGCAAUGAGGGAUCAAAACGGCGUAAUUGAACGGAUACACGCCAGUGGAGUGAGCCCCUACGUCUUGGUUAGCCCGACAAGUGCUCAUAUUGGGGAAGAUAAUAUCACCAAAGACUUGGACAGAAAGGUUGUAUCACCCUCACAUGGUUACAUCAUGGCUGACAGUGUUCAGAAAUUGAUAUCUUCUCCGCUCUCAAGAAAUAUCACUGUGAAUAUUUCUGAGAUCCAGGAGGUUAAUCAAGGCACCAAAGAUACCGCAAAUGAUGCACUGUCACAGUCACUUUCAUGUGGCUACGUCAGCCCACAUCCGGUAAUUGAACCUGUGAAGGCUUCGGUUUCUUUGAUGUUAGACUUUUCAGAUGAUGCUACACUCUCAGAUGAAGAUGACCCAAACAUGGCAAUUCCACCUGUUAUGGCUACGGUUUCGCACACGCUUGACCUUCCAAGUAAUCAUGCAAUCCCAGCAACAAAUGGCAUUGGUUACGCUGCAGAUAGCACAUUGCCGCUACCAGAUACCCGAAGCCACGUCCAAGAUGAAACUAACCCUUACAUGAAAAUUAAACCUCUUACGAAUGCCGAUUCUUACAUGUUGGAUUUGACCAGCUCUGCCACAAGCGCUGCGAUUACGGAAAUAGAAGGAAGAAUGGAUGCCAAGAAUGACAUGACGCUGCAACUUGAUUCACGUGGCUACGUCCAAGCUGAGAAGUUCAUAAAUAUGAAAAAGCUUUUAAUUGAGAAUGGAAAAUCUGAUAUUAUGUACCUUCCAGAGAUAGCCACAAUCGGUGAGAUGAAGAGUAUUGACAAAAUCGAAAAUUUUAACAAACCGAAUUUGGUUAACAAUGGUUACGUUUUACCCGAAAAUGUAAAGUUCCUCAAAACGACCUACGAUGAAGGUGGUGGGAGGAACGAGUUAAAUUUUCCAAAGAAUGCCGCAGUCACACACGAGCAGUCGCAAGGUUAUCUCAAGCAUUCAGACGAAGAGAAUAUACCACGUUAUACAGCGCCUCCUCUUGCAUUGAAUGGCAGCUAUCUAACUUCCACGGUCUGCACAUGGGAGAAAAACUCGUCGUUUAUCACGUAUGAUGACGUACGGGAAUUCAUAAAAAAAGAUUCCGCUGAAGUGUUCUGAUGUCUUUUAAGAUAAUGCCAUUUGUUGAGACAAAUAUUGUCCAUGUUCGUACAAUGCCCUCGGUGACGAUAAUCCUAGUGAUAGAAAAUGUAGUGACGUACAAAACCGGCGAUGGAGAAAUUGAAAAGAGUGGACGUAACUCCAUCAAGAAUCGGAAGGUUUCUAUGAUCAAGACGUUACCGCCAAUUUUCAAAAAAUAACGAGCACUCUGAGCGGGAAUGCAACUCCAGAAAAUAUCGUGUCUUAAACUAAGAGUUUAGCAAUCGAACCUUUGAGCAAUACCAUAUCCCGGGGCAAUUUGCCUGCACAAGGAGAAAAAUUUGCAGGAUUUGCGUGUUUAGUUACUGGCAGCGCCGGUAUCUUGGAUAGAUGUUUUCAUUAUUUGCUUACUCACUGAUAGGUCUAACUGCUACUGAAUUUAGGGUAAUUGAGAGGGGGGAAAAAAUUGAUGGCGCAAGAAGUAAAAGAUACUGUCAGGUUUGUAAAAUGCUAUGUUCAAGUAAAGGAGGUGAAAAUA